AUGCAGUCACUGCUGGGCAGCGCGGGUUACGACCUCAUCACGGCAGGCUCGGGCCAGGAGGCGCUGUCGCUGCUGGCGGGUGCGCCCGUGUUCCCGGACCUGCUGCUUCUAGACAACAUGAUGCCCGACAUGAGCGGGCUCGACGUGUGCCGCCGCCUGCGGGAGUUGUACCCGGCCCAGAGGCUGCCCAUCAUCAUGGUGUCCGCGCGCGUGGAGGAGGAGGCCGUCGUGUCGGGCCUCGACGUCGGCGCCGACGACUACAUCACCAAGCCCUUCAAGCGCAACGAGUUCCUGGCGCGCGUCCGCGGCAAGCUGGAGAUGGCGCAGCAGGACUCCCCACGCACCGCCGCUGCGCCCACUACCCCCGGCGCCGACGCCGGAGUAUCCCUGCUCUCUUCCUCCUCAACCGCCGCCCUCGCCGCCGCCGCCGCCGCUGCCGCCGCGUCGCUCCCGCCGGCGCCGAGGGCGCUGGAGCGGUCUAUCUCAGCGGACCUUUACGCCGCCGGGCCGGGCAGCGGGGUGGUGAUGUCAUCGUGCGGGCUGCCGCCCGUCGUGCUGUGUGUGGACGACGACGAGGUUAACCAGCUCGUGCUGCAGGGCAUGCUGCACUCCCAGGACUACGGCUACCUCAAGGCCCGCACCGGCAGCGAGGGCCUCGCCUGCUUCCCAGGCCUCGGCGGCGACACGGGCAGCAGCUUCCCGGGGGCUUCCCGGCCCCCGGACCUGGUGCUGGUCGACUCAUCCCUGCCUGACAUGAAGGGCCUCAGCUUUGUGAGGCGGCUGAGGGAAACGUACACAAAGCUGCAGCUUCCCAUCAUCAUCCUCACAGCCAGGUGA